AUGCUUAAUCAAGCGAAUCUCAACUUCUGUCAAUAUAGUCUCGGAUUCGCAGUUAUCAUUCAGCCAGUCCGAGCCACAUUCCUCCCAGCAUUCGCAUCCCCUCCAAUCGCUAUCUCAGCCGGCGUUCUCGCCAAUGAUGAGCCGUACCAAUGGACUAAUUAUGAACUCGUUGACAAGCAGAUCUACAACUUCCUACAGCGCCCCGAAAACUCCCACUCAGUUCUUCAGUCAGCCGGUUACCGCGACGCCCGACGAGAAGAUUCAAGAAACGCAAUCCCUGCCGUCCCCUCUGACGACACAAAUUGGGCAAGAGAAAGGCACAAUGAGUGA